GGACGUUUAAGACCACAUAUUUUGUCAGUUACUAGUAUCUUUGCAUUUAUGUCUCUCAACGACCAAUUUUUAAAUAUGUUUCUGACUUCACCAAACGCUCGAGGCUUUGGUUCAGUCAGCGUCCAUUCCAUAAAAGUAAUCUAUAUGUUCGUUAAGGCUUGACUUGUUUAUGCUAUAGCAGUGGAAGGAAGCUAUUGGCUUAAUCAGAAUGGAUCCUGAGGUCUCUGUGCUGUUGCACUGCACCGCCUGGGGAGGUCUCCUGGAACCACAAGUGCAGGUGGAGCUUUCUGCCAGGUUUAACCGUCAGACAGAGCCAGCACUGGAGAGUCACAUAGAGGAGGUGUGGACAGAGAGGGUGACCAUGGAGCCAUGGCUUUUCAAUGGGGCCAAAUUCAGGCUGCACUCUUUCAGUCUGGCCUCACCCCAGCCCUCCUGUCCAUCUACACCCCAGCCUCCCUGCAUGACUGGAGGAGACAGAGAUGGAAGGCAAUGUAGCAUUCAGAAGGAGGAAGAGGGCCAUAAUGAGACAAAGGGGAACGCUGACUCUGGAAGAGCAGAGGUGCUCAGACACCAAAGAGGUCAAAUAGACGGAGUCAUAGGUGAACGACAGCAUAAUGACAAGGAUUUGAGUAGCUAUAAGCAGAGGGAGGGGAACCUCAGAUACGCGCAAACCUCCACCCCAGGGUGCAGAGACCAACAUCCUGCUGUGGGAAGCAGUGCAGCAGAAGCUCAACCCUUCCCACAGAGAGAUGUGGGUGGGAAGGGUGAGGGGCCCACUCCCAUCCUGACCCUGAGGUUGGGCCUGACCUGCUAUAGGGACUUCCUGGGCACCAACUGGUCUCAGAGAGCAAGGAAGCUACGCCAGCGUGCAGAGGUGGAGUAUGGGGAUCCUCUGGCGCUAUUGGCCCAGCCGCUGGGGGUGGGUGGGAUCUUGUGUACGGCUGACAGACAGGUGGUGCUGAUCAGGAGGAGCCAGCAAGUGGCGGAGGCAAGGGGGCUACUGGACAUCCCUGGGGGGCACCCAGAACCAAAGGCUGUGUUUGAAGGCCUCGAUGAGGAGGACAGGAUCAGGGUGGAGAUGCUGCAGUGGAGGGAGGAGGCUGUGGUCAGAGAGCUGUUCUCUUCUGUGUGCGCUGAGAUCAGAGACGAGGUAAAUGUUCCUCUGUGUUCUCUGGGUGAGCCGGUACUGAUGGGCAUCGCUCUGAAUCACACCAGUGCAGGCAGACCCAGUGCAGAGUUCUACAUCAGUUGUUCACUGACUUCCACAGAAGUUCGAGAGCUUUACUGGCAGGGGGGCAUUGAGGCCCAGGAGUCUACAGAUAUUGUGUUCUUGAGCCAAACAGAGGUGCUACGGCUAGACCAGAGCACCCCCCUGUGGUCGGAGUUGUGUCCUUCAGCCAAGGGUGCAGUGCUGCUCUAUCAACUAGUGCUGCCUGACCGAGAAGACAAAAGCAAUCGGACACAAACUCCAGCUACUGCACCGGAUAAAAUUUCCAGAUGAUGAAAUUAAUACAAUA